GGCGAGGAGGAGGAGGAGGAGGAGCAGGAGGAGCAGGAGGAGGAGGAUCGCCUUGCCCAGGAUCGGUGCAGGUGUAUACUCGGUGCCCUCUUCGCUCCUCGCCGCCCGCCCGCUGCGGAGCAGCAGCGUUGUGCGGCCUCCCGGCGCGUCGGGGAGGCUCGGCGUGAGAGUCGGCGAGGCUCUGCUUUGAGCUUCUGGCUCGCCGGCCUCCUGAGCGUUGGGCAUUGGUUGAGCAGGGGCCGGCCAUCCCGGCAUUCCUGCAGGUCUACAACGACAUGUGCUCAGAACCCAGCGGUUCCCGAAAAACAAAAGCAAUGUUCUCAGAGCGUAGACCGAUGUGCUGAAGCAAGGCAGUAUCAGCCAAGCUACGUGCCGCGCGUUUCAGCGCGGGCGUUGCUGGUGCAGCUAAGUCCAGGAUCUGUUUCCCUCGUGCCGACACGAGGCGCCCCUGGGGGGCGCAGGAGCUGCAGCUGGAGGCGGCAGAUGGCGACGGGGAGGCC